ACUGAAAAGACUAACCGCGCUUUUCAAACCCUAAAAAUUCUCGACCACUGAAGGCUUUGCUGAUUUCCGGCAUUUCAACCGUACUCGUCUACAAUCACCGACCUUGCUGGCCGUUGCGUCGCCAGCUGUUUCGUCGUGGAAUUUUUCUCUUCCUCUCUCUCAGAUCUUUCAUUCUUUUUUCUCUCUUUUUCGUUGAUGGUUCGCCGGCUCCUGCACCACACACUGUCAGUCGUUUGUAUCGCUCAGGCGUCGUCGAAUCUUCCACGUCCUACAGGGAGUGGGCUGUGAGAAGCUCGGAUUGAAGAAUUUUAGCUUCCUAAGCAGCGUGUGAACUGACCCAGAACCUGUAUGAUUCUACAUCAUUUUGUCCAUAGUUGGUAGAGCUCAGACAUAUAAGUUUUAAAAUAUUCAAACACGAACCAACAAGGAAUCAAGUUCUUCUUCCCAGAAAUCAGUGGUCUGAACGAACAGGAGUUAAAGUCGGCAUCGAGCAAGAAGAGGUUAAUAAGUUUCCUAGUGUCAUUUGGGGGCGAAGUCUAAACAGGGGUUUACUUAGCAGUUAGCACCGAGGAGUUGGACAUGAAAAGUUUAAAGAGGAAAUGGGGGAGUUGUACCCUUAAAGCUGGAGAUAGAAUGAUAAAAUGAUAAAAAGAAAAUGUUUUAAUGUUGAAGAGUUUGGGUCCCACCAAUCAUGUCUUGCAUGUGCUUGCAUAUAUCUUCUCGGACAAUUAGGUUACUUACUAGGUAGUGCCAUGGCAGAAGAGAUUGGAGAAGAAUUCAAGAGGAGUGGUUUCACGUUCGAUGAAGAGGAAGAGAUUCUCAAGAGAUGUGUCACGUUCUGUGUUAACUACAAUCUAAAGCCUUCGGAUAUUGUUUCUAGCUGGGAAGUCUACUAUCUCAAUAGGCCAUUAGAUGGGUCAGUGGUUGAACUUGAACAGAUGGAUGGGUUCUUACAACAUUUACAGAAUGAGCAAAAAGAAACAGUCAUUAAAGGGGAACCGGAUCUUCAUGUUUACUCAAGCAAAGAUGUUGACGUGAUUUUGAAUGAUGAGAACGAAGAUCUAAAUGAAGACAUUCUGAAGACCCCAAAUGGGAAAUCUCAGAGUCUCCACAAAGAGCGAUUGGAUUUGACACCUUACACGAAUGGAGGCUUGUUCUCAUCAGGAAAGCCUUCAAAGCAUGAGACACCCUUUGGCCAAAGAACAGAAAAGUUUGUUGUGAGGUUCAACAUUAAUAGCAUGCCUGAUAUGGUGACUGCUGAAAAGGAAGAUAAUAGUGAGAAUGAUGAAGAUGCAAUCAUCAAGAAGGUUCGUCCCCUACAAGGAUGCUCAUUGACAGUCCAUGGAUCAGGAUUUGGACUUGAACCAAAUUGCAGGUUCAUGUAUGACAAGGAUGAAGAUAGGUUUAAUGCUCUUGAUAACCGAAUCAUGAGGCAUGCUAAAGCUCUUGCUGCAUCUGGGCUCUACGAAGAAGCAGUGGACCCAACAGUUGCUUCACAGAGAAGCAUGUUUGCGGUGGGCAUGAUUUAUUGUGAUGGAGAAGGACACUUGAACGAUAAGUCCAUCUUGUUGCAAAGCAGUAUCGCGCAUUCAGGGGGACAGCGAGUUCGUCUAGAAUUACAAAACUUAAGCCAAUUUUCAAUCUUUCCUGGCCAGGUAGUAGGUAUUGAAGGGCAUAAUCCUAGUGGACACUGCUUGAUUGCGUCCAAAUUUGUAGAUUCUUUUCCUUUGUCUGCCACUAUAGACCCCAUUCUGCCUCCAGCAAAGAAGAUAGCUUUGAACCAUGAUGUCCAACCAAUUAAUCAAUCUUCUACACCGUCAGAAUUAUCGAUGAUCAUUGCGUCGGGCCCCUAUACAACAACGGACAACUUAUUGUUUGAGCCUUUGACUGAGUUAUUAGCAUAUGCAAAAAGAAAAGUUCCCCAGCUACUAAUAUUGCUUGGACCAUUUGUUGAUUCUGAACAUUCUGAUAUCAAGAGAGGAACUGUAGAGAUGAGCUUUGAGGAAAUUUUCAAAUUUGAAGUUUUAAGAAGGGUACAAAAUUAUGCAGAACACAUGGGUCCUGAUGCGCGUGUACUGUUGAUGCCAUCUACAAGGGAUGCUAAUCACGACUUUGUUUUUCCCCAGCCUCCUUUCGACAUUCCAUCUGAUCUUAAACUUCAGAUAUCCAGUCCCCCAAACCCAUGCAUCUUGGAAGCAAAUCAGGCAAAGAUAGCCUGCUGUACCAUGGAUAUUCUCAGACACCUCAGUGGAGAAGAGCUGUCAAGAAAUCUAACUAAGGGAGGAACCAACGAUCGCCUGAGCACACUUGCUAGUCAUAUACUUCGCCAGCGCAGCUUUUAUCCUCUGUACCCUCCGGCCGAAGGAGUUCCACUGGACUUCUCACUUGCCCCACAAGCUCUUGACAUCUCUGUAAUACCUGAUAUUCUCAUUCUUCCAUCCGACAUGAAACACUUCGUGAAGGUUAUAUCCCUUGGUGAAGGAGGUUCAGAGGAAGAGCAAGCGAGAUGCGUAUGUGUGAAUCCUGGAAGAUUGGCCAAGGGUGAAGGAGGGGGUACUUUUGUCGAGCUCAAUUACUUCGGUAGGCCUGACCAGAUAAAUGCUUCGGUUGUCAGCAUAUGAGCAGUGGCCUUGACGUCUAGCUCUCUGUUUGACUCAUAAAUUGGACCUGCCAAAUCCGCUUCGGCUUCAGUUUCAACAUAUAAGAUUGGUUGUAGUCUAAUUCAUUAAAUUAUCGAUUAGAUAUUAGAUUUGCAAUAAAAUACUAGUGUACAUUAUUGUCAUUGUGUAAAAGAAGAGAGGAGCAGUCUAUGCAAAGUUAAUGUCCUCUAAUUUGUGCUCACAAGCUUAUUGAUUAUUUCAGCUACACUUCUCAUUUGAGAUAGCAUAUCAAACAGCUUAUGAGUGGAUACCAUCUUUGUAUAAUUGCCAACCUCCCAUCAUGAUAGUGAUUUUAUUUUAUUUUAUUUUUCAAA